GUCUGUAGAUGAGACGCGGAGGGAGAAAAAUGCUAGAAAGGGGACAGCGGAUAAUACAACGCUAAAUAAACACACUGUGUCCUUACAAGAGAGCACAAAUCUUCAUUUGACCAACACUGGGAAAGGGAGCAGUUUGAGAUCGAUUGGGAAACGAGAGAAUUGACCAGAUCACUGUGAGCCAUAAAAUCCUCCGUCUUCAUCAGGAAAUACAGGAUCACAUUCAAGAAACUCAUCUAACCUACAAUCGCAAAUAUGAACACUCACGAAUCUGAGGUUUACACGGUGGCACCAGAGAUGCCGGCGAUGUUUGAUGGCAUGAAGUUGGCAGCGGUGGCCACAGUUCUCUACGUCAUCGUCCGCUGUCUAAACUUGAAAAGUCCCACAGCUCCGCCGGACCUCACUUUCCAGGAUACAACACUCAACCUCUUCCUGCUAAAGUCGUGUCCUAUCCUGACCAAAGAGUACAUUCCUCCUCUGCUAUGGGGUAAAAGUGGUCAUCUGCAAACAGCUCUCUACGGAAAGUUGGGUCGGGUCAGUUCACCGCACCCGUUCGGCCUGCGCAAAUAUCUGCCCAUGCAGGACGGAGCCACUGCAACCUUUGACCUCUUCGAACCCUUGGCGGAUCAUCAGUCCGGAGAGGACGUCACUAUGGUCUUGUGUCCUGGCAUCGGGAACCACAGCGAGAAGCACUACAUCCGCACAUUUGUGGAUCAUUCACAGAAACAGGGCUACCGCUGCGCUGUGCUCAAUCACCUCGGGGCCUUGCCGAACAUUGAGCUCACCUCUCCUCGCAUGUUCACCUCCGGUUGUACAUGGGAGUUUGCAGCAAUGGUGGGCUUUAUCAAAAAGACAUAUCCCCAGUCCAAGCUCAUUGUGGUGGGCUUUAGCCUGGGGGGAAACAUUGUCUGCAAGUUCCUGGGAGAAAACCGUACAAACCAGGAGCGUGUUUUGUGCUGUGUCAGCGUGUGCCAGGGCUACAGCGCACUCAGAGCUCAGGAGACGUUUCUGCAAUGGGACCAAUGCCGUCGCUUCUAUAACUUCCUGAUGGCCGACAACAUGAAGAAGAUAAUUUUAUCGCACAGAGGCGUUUUAUUUGGCGUGGGCUCGAAAAUGGUGGAUUCGGAGCUGAGUCGACUUUAUACUGCCACGUCACUCAUGCAGAUCGACGACAACAUCAUGAGAAAGUUCCACGGACACAACUCUCUGAAGGAGUACUACGAGAAGGAGAGCUGUGUGCACUACAUUCACAAUAUAAAUGUGCCUCUGCUGCUGGUGAACUCUGGUGAUGAUCCGCUCGUGCACAACUCUCUGCUCACUAUUCCUCGCACACUCGCAGAAAAGAAAGAGAACGUGGUCUUCGCUUUGACUCUCCACGGUGGGCAUCUGGGCUUCUUCGAGGGUGCAGUUCUGUUUCCCCAGCCGCUCACCUGGAUGGACAAGGUGAUCGUGGAUUACGCCACCGCCAUGUGCCAGUGGGAAAAGCAGAAACCCCCCUGCCAAAGCCAAGAUGCCCAGUCCAGCCAAACCACAUGCCAAGAAAACACAUCCUAACCGGACCAGCUUCUGCAAGAUUUUUCACUUCUUCCUCUUUUUCUAUCAAAUGAGGUGAAUCCCGACGACUUUCUAAAAGGGAGACAAAGCAGAAAAGCCACUCGAUGACCAAAAAAACCACACACACACUCUCUCUAAUGUGUAGCGAUGGGCAGCGUUUCACAUUUACUGUAGUCUGUGGUGGUUUAGAUCGUUGAUAAAUGAGGAGUUUAUCACAGGAUCUGGCAACAGGAGCUGAGUCAAUCUCACAAAAACACAGAAGAAGAAGGAAAAACUUAUUUUUGGAGAAUAUUGAAAGGAAAUAUUUUGCGUAGAUAAAUGUAAGGCGUAUUUUUUGGGCUAUUUAAAUUUUUUGCAUAUAAUAUUAAGCACAGUUCACCUUAAACUAGCACUUUUCCGUAUUUUGUACUUCAUUAUUGUUGAAUUUCGGGAUCUUAAUCUUUUCUUCAACAACUUUUAAUGUUGAAAAGUUUGAAAAAAGUGACUUUUAUUGACGUUUUUAAUAGUUUGAAGUGAUAUAUACUUUGUAUUGGUGUUGUAAAUUAUGGUACAAAAACCAUACCAGUACUUUUAUUUAAAAUCUACACUUAAUUCUCUAGAUUUUAUUUCUUCUAAAAUUAGAAAUUUUAAUGUUCAUAAUGGUCACUUUUGUUAAACAUCACAGUUAAAUUUUCAACAUCAAAUGUUGACUGAUCAAAGGUAAAAGUCCAAUAAUGCAACUCGUAAUCGUAAAUGAACAACAACAACAAAAUGAAUCAUGAAAUCUGGAAUCUGCUAAAUAAUUAGAUUUUUUACAGUGGUGAUUUAAUGGUCACUUUCACACUUUUUUCUUGGUGCAAAAGAGUAAAACAUGGGAUUAAUGAAUGACACUUAAUAAUAACAAAAUAUUAAAAUACAAUAAAGUACAAAUUCAAUACAACAAAUAAU